AUGCAGCUUCAGCUUCCAACUCGACUUAUAAAGUGUUUCUCUCUUUCUUCAUUGCCAGCCACCUCUACCCUCCAAGAACUUGCUUCUUCUCAACCCAAAGGUGUUCCUAAGGUUGUACUUAAAAAAGGGAAGACACAACUGUUCAAGGAUGGAAGCCCAAUGGUGUAUAGUGGAGCAGUUGAUAGAAUAAUAGGUAGGCCUCCGCCCAGGACUGGAGAUGUUGUACUAGUAGCUGAUGGAACAGAGAAACCAAUUGCAUGGGGCUUGUAUAAUUCAGUUUCUAUGUUCUGUGUUCGGCUUAUGCAGCUAGAAGAGGAAGCAGCCAGAGAUCCUUCUUGCGCACUGAACAUGGAGAAACUGAUUGAAACAAGAAUCGAUGCGGCUAUAAAGCUACGUAAGAGGUUGGGGCUUCCAUCAGCUAAUACAAAUGCAUACCGUCUAGUCAAUAGUGAAGGAGACAGGUUAUCAGGAUUAAUAGUUGAUGUCUUCGGAGAGUCAGCGGUCAUAGCAUCAUCUGCAGCUUGGGUUGAGAAGUACAAACCAGAAAUUGAAGCUUUCAUCAGUAGAAUUGAUGACAUCAAUCAUAUAAAAUGGAGGCCAUCUUUUGAAAUUUUAAAAGAAGAAGGGCUGGAUGUGUCUGAUUUGAAAGAAAUGUGUCCAUCUACAUGCCCUGAAAGAACAAAGGUUUUAGAAAACGGGAUAUCUUAUGCAAUUUCAAUGGAGGGCCAGAAGACUGGAUUUUAUGCUGAUCAGCGUGAAAACCGUCAUUUGAUAUCAACAAUUUCAAAUGGAAAGAGAGUUCUAGAUAUUUGCUGCUACAGUGGUGGUUUUUCUCUAAAUGCUGUAAGAGGAGGUGCUAUUUAUGUAACCGGUGUCGAUACCUCACUGCCCGCUCUGGAGCUUGCUAGAGAAAAUAUUGUUCUGAACAACCUGGAUCCUGAAAGAAUAACAUUUCUGAGAGAAGAUGCAACUGAAUUUAUGAAGGGUGCUCUAUCUAGAAAAGAAUUGUGGGAUAUAGUUAUUUUGGAUCCUCCGAAACUGGCACCUAGAAGAAAGGAUCUACAAAGUGCAUCAGGCAUGUACAGAAAUUUGAAUGCAUUAGCAAUGCAAUUAACAAAGAGAGGUGGUCUUCUCAUGACCUGUUCAUGUUCGGGAGCAAUGACUCAAAGUGGAAUCUUCCUGCGCAUUCUCCAGGGUGCUGCAUCAGUGGCAGGAAGGAAGAUCACAGUUGUCCGACAGGCUGGAGCAGCCUGUGAUCAUCCUGUUGACCCAUCCUACCCAGAAGGGGCAUACCUGUCAAACAUAUUACUUAGAGUACUGUAAAUGCCUAUCAAUGUAUUCACAUAAGAAGCCAAUUUUGUAUUUCCGCUCAUUCCGAAGAGAAAGCAAUUAGUUGAGGGAAACUAAUAAUUGUAUUGAGCUAUUUCACAUAUUAUACAUAAAAAGGGUGAA